UUUUGACGUUUAGUGUGGCAAUGUUUUUGAUUACUGAGAUUUUAAUUUGUGUACGUGUUAAUGCACAAUUAAAAUCAGUCUUCAAGUGCUAAGUCCUAACUACGUCUAGUGUUAACAGUAGAAUCAAAAUGCAAAGAAUGUUGAAUUUGAGAAGCAAUAAUUUUUACAUACAAUGGAGUCAAGUGCCGGCCGACAUAAUCUGAAACGUAGAGCAAAAAAACGCAGAAAACCAUUAGAUGGCUCAGUAAGCAUGAAUCAAAAAUACCAAGAAGCCUGGGACGAGGAAGGGGCUUCAGAUACAUGCACAUUGCUUGAAAAAAACAGCGGAAGUCAGCCAGAAGUAGUGACACUACAAAAAGAGUCAUUAUGGGCGACUUCGAUACAAAUGUUCAUCCCGUUUCUGCUUGCCGGUUUCGGGAUGGUGGCUGCGAGUCUUCUCCUGGAUAAAGUACAACAUUGGACUGUGUACCAGGAAGUUUCCGAAGUAUACAUACUUGUACCUGCAUUGCUGGGCCUCAAAGGCAACCUAGAAAUGACGCUGGCGUCAAGGCUCUCCACCCAUGCCAAUCUAGGUCACUUGGAUACACGCCAGCAAAUGCUAGGUUUGGUGGUGGGCAACCUAGCCUUAAUUUUAUGCCAGGCGAUAGUCGUGGGGUUCCUAGCUUCUCUAGCAGCCGUUAUCUUCGGUUGGGUGCCAUCAGGGGUGAUUAACAUAAACCACGCCCUUUUACUAUGUGCCAGUAGUCUUGUGACCGCUUUUGGGGCGAGUUUUAUCCUAGGUUUAAUCAUGGUCGGUGUAAUACUUUUUUCGCGCCAUUUUAACAUUAACCCAGACAACGUGGCAACUCCGAUUGCUGCUAGUUUGGGUGAUCUGACGACCUUAGCUUGUCUAUCGUGGCUAGCGUCGUUAUUUUACAACACAAUGGAUAGUCAUCCAUGGUUUACCAGAGUUAUUAUUUUUAUAGGACUGAUUUUAGUGCCAGUAUGGGCUUGGAUCGCCAGCCGGAACGAAUAUACGUGUACCGUUUUGUUCAGCGGGUGGUCACCUGUGAUCGCUGCUAUGAUCAUCAGCAGCGUGGGGGGGUUAAUUCUAGAUUUUACUGUGUCACAAUAUAAGGGUGUGGCAGUUUUUCAGCUAGUCAUUAAUGGAGUUGGUGGAAACUUGGUUGCUGUACAAGCUAGUAGAAUUUCGACGGAACUUCAUAGUAAAGCAAAACCAGGCCAAUUACCGAGUAGUAUGCAAGUCUGCGUGAGCCCAUGCUCCGCGUUCUGUGAUAGUGCCAAAACCAGCCAUGCUGGUACUGCGCGCAUGCUCAUGUUGAUGGUUAUACCCGGGCAUUUGAUAUUUUCCUAUACUAUUAGCUAUCUUCAAGCCGGUCAUACUUCUUUUACACUUAUUUUUAUGAUUGUUUAUUUGAUAGCCGCUAUUCUUCAGGUGGCACUCCUAUUGUAUAUAGCCCAAGUUAUGACCCUUAGUAUGUGGAAACACCACGUCGAUCCGGACAACUCCGCUAUUCCUUAUUUGACGGCACUGGGAGAUCUUCUUGGCACGUUGCUUCUUGGAAUCGCGUUCCAGUUCUUGUUCCUGAUUGGGGACCGGGACAGCGACGUAGGGGACUAAGAAUGACGUACGUGAUCAAUUUCCACUUGCUUCAUUGGUGCUAUCCUUAUGUACAUAUACAUAUACAAAAAGAAGAAAUAAAUUUUCUAUUUCAUGUAA